AUGGCGGAUUCAUCAAGUGCUGCUGCGGCCACAGGCGCCAGCAAGCCCACCGCGGCUCCGAAGCCGCCAAACCCAGUGUUCGCAAUGAUGGGCAUGCCCAACUUUCGCUUCAAAUUGCCCUCCCGCAACUGGAUGAUCUUUCUCACAAUCACUGGAUCAUUCACGGGUGCCCUCAUCUAUGACCGUCGCCAGAAACGCCGUGCGCAACAAAAAUGGUCGGAGCUCGUGGCUCACCUUGCGAACGAUCCCCUACCCAUUGACCAGAUGCGCCGCAAGAUGACUGUCUACCUAGCUGCACCACCUGGGGAUGGCCUGCGCGUGGCCCGGGACCAUUUCAAGGAAUAUGUCAAGCCGAUCCUGGUCGCCGCCGCGUUGGACUACACGGUGAUCGAAGGACGGCGAGAGGGAGACGUGCGAGCCAGCAUGGCGGAGAACAUUCGCAAGCAGCGCCGCAAGGCCGGUGAACCAAGCUCAGCUGCCGAGGAAACUGGUGUCGAGGCAAUUGUUGCCGAGACGCGCGAACGCAUCGGUAUCUCCGAUGAACCCGGCCCCAAGGGUGAUCUCGUGAUUGGCAGACAUACCUGGAAGGAAUACAUCCGCGGAUUGCACGAGGGCUGGCUUGGACCGCUGGACGCACCACCUCCACCCCCUGCCCCGGCUCCCGACGAGAUCCCGGAGACAGUUGAGGGCAUCGACGCGGACGUUCCCGCCGAGACUGCCGAGGCCGACAAGGAGAGCUCCGAAACCAAGACGGAUGCCGAGAAGGAAGAAAAACCCAAGCCCGCCGGUCCUACGCCCGCAUACAUCGCUCCCACCGACUACUCGUCCGCUAGCCUACCCCCUACCCUCCCCCACUCCUUCGACAGCUCCAUUCCCGUCGAAUUCCCUCACAUUCUCGGCUUCCUCAAGACCCCAAUCCGAAUCUACCGCUUCCUCACACAGCGGCACCUCGCCGAUAGCGUCGGCCGCGACGUUGCUGCAAUUGUUCUCGCAGCAAAUGCCCGGCCAUACAGCGACGAUGUUCUCAACCCAGACUCCGAGACCACCGGUGCAAGCGUUGACCCUACCCCCACUCCCGACAGCUCAUUCGCCGACCUCCCAUCUCGCAAUUUCGAGCAACAGACCGUCCUAGAGGCCGCUGAGAAGGAGUGGCACAAAUCCGUGCACAAGCACGAAGAAGGCGAGGGGGAGCGCGUCUGGCUGAACGACAUCGUUCUCGAUCCCCGCAUUGCCUCGCGCAUGCAGCGUGCCGUUCUCUCACCGGAGGAUGAGGCCCGUUCCCAGCGUAUCGCCGAGCAGCAGGAGUACAUCCUUGGCGAAGAACGUCCCGCUCCUGUUCCUUUCUGGAAGCGCAUGUGGAUCGACCAUGGCUACGGCGAGAGCGAGGAGGCCCUGAAGCGCAAGCCGAUUUUGGGUAACAUUGACGGAGAGGAUGGACAGUGA